AUGGACGCAGUGAAUCGAACUGAGACUGGUGCUAUUCAUACUCCGACUACGAACGAGGGGAAGCAAACGCCUCCUCCAGAAUUACAUACGGCGGCAGCCACGGCAGUCCUCUCCUCACCACUACCGGACAGGUCCAGGUCCAGACAAGGCAGCGUGGCCCGAAAACGUACAAACGACGAGAUCUAUCAGCCGGCUGAUACCCCGAUGUCGAGUCCUACAAGCACAAGGUUCCAGAGAUCUUCCACGCUUCCAGCAAUGCCCGAGUCUCAAGCACCUCAGCCUCGGAACAAUCCUUUUGAGCACCAAAGCUCAUUUCAAGCCGAUGGGAAACCCCUGGUUCAGCCCAUCGCCAGAGAGUCUGUUGCAGCUCCUGCUCUGAUGACCCCACGCAAUAGUCUUGUCAAAGAAAUUCACGAUUAUCAACAGCAGCUGGAGCUCGAAUUCCAAAACUUCGAGCGAGCACUGAACGAGAGAGAUACCUCUGUCGACUUGGAUGCAAUGGACUGGGACGAUCUCGAAGCACGAUAUAGUAGGGAGAUACAGCCUUGUAUUACUACCGAGAGGGAGAUCAUGGAUGAAUUCAGUGCCCGCUCUAUGCAACUUUUGCUGUAUAUGCAAGUAUCAAAUGAAUAUGAGUCAGAGAGGGCCAUCAAGAGACUUCGAACACGGAUUGCUCUUGCACAGAAUUCAGAAAAACUGUUGGCCCAGAAGCAAGCCCAUCAUGCAAAGGUGCUUGAGGCAUUUCAAAGUGCAAUGGCACUCUUAGGCACUCUUUGA